AUGAAAUUCUUUUCUUAUAUUAUUUACGCCUCCAUAUUAUGCAACAUUCUUACAGUGACAAUAGUCAUAUAUCACUCUUUUUUACUCUUAUUAGACGAAAAUUUUUUAUAUAAUUUUAAAUAUAAUGCUAUAUAUAAAAAAUCGAUAGAAUUUAAUACACCAAAUGUUUUCCUUCUUUUUAGCAUAAAAAGGUAUUUAACUCCUGCAUUGAAUAAUAAAGCAUUUUGCUCAUUUUACGAUAAUUCACAAAGAAAAAAAAGAAGGUUUUAUAAAAGCUCGUUUACAGCUUACCUUUAUUCUCUCUUUUGUAAAAAAAAAAAAGCACAUGUAAUUUUAAAAAAAUUCUUUGUUUGUAUUUAUAAUUAUUAUAAUAUAAUAGCAAACGGAAUUCAACUUUUAACAUGUCUCAAAAAAGACACAAAAAAAAAAAUUGAUGCUGCAUAUACUUCCUAUUUUGCUCUCGCAAAUGGAAUAAAGAAGCACUCGUCUGAUAUAAGAGAAAAAGCAAAGCAAUUCAAUGAGAAUAUUGAUAAAGAAGAAAAGAGAUGGGAUGCCACUAAUAAAAGGGAAGUGUCAAAAUGGGGAACAAACGAAAAGGAGCAAUAUUCUAAGCCGAACAGGAAAGGACACAAUGAUGAAAGGAACAUCCUUUUCAGCUUCGAAAAUAAAGAUAUACUGAACGGGAAGAAUAAAACAAGGAGUGAUGUAUGUGGAAGUGGUAAUCUUCAACAGAAGAGUUAUAGUGGCUGUAGUACUCCCAUUUUGAAGGAUGACAAAAGAAAUUAUUACAAUUUUGAAAGAAGUAGUUUAUUAAAUACAAAAUAUUACCUUACAAAAAAAAUAAAAAAUAUUUUUAGAAAAACCAGUUUAAAGAGUCCAAAUGAAGUUGACGUUAUUUAUAUGCCUGAUACCAUAGUAAAAAAACGAGAGCUGGUAAACAAUUUAAAAUGCAAAAAUUGCAUAGUUAAUGCAGAGAAAUAUUUGUAUUCCUUAAAAAUAAGAAGUGAACAUAUUGAUGAUGAUGCUAGUAAACUUCUGUCAGAAGCGAAGUCAACCGAUGUGCAAGUGUAUUAUGAUUAUGAGCAUAUGCUUCAUGCGGGUAAUGAACUUUAUAAGGGAAAGGAAGAAAAUGAGGGGAAAGAAGCAGAAAAAGGAAAAGUAGAAAAGGAAGCAGUAAAAGGAGAGGAAGAAGUAAUCGCAGAAAUAGAAGCGGCGGUAGUAGCAACAACAGCAGCCGAAACCGAAGCAGGAGGGACAAGCAAAAAAAAAGCACCAUCGAACGUAGACUUCCGCCCCUUACACUGGUUCGUGGGCAAAUACAAAAUGAUCGAUUUUACAAAGCGUCUGUUCUUAACAAGCUCGGAUAAGAGAAAAGAAAAAACAAUGUACCUACAAAUAGACAGGUACUAUCCGAAGAAAAUAAAUUAUUCCAUAAAAGAAAAAAUGGGGGAAGGUGCGUACGGGGAAAUAUGGUAUGCUAUAAACAUAAAUAAAGAUUUUCCUUUUAAAGAUGUAGUGUUAAAAAAAAUACUAAUAAAUAAAGAUGAACAGACGUCUGAAUUAAAUGCUAUGAGAGAAGUAUAUUUUGGAGAAAAAUUAAAAAAUUAUGAUAACAUAAGUCGUUUUAUUGAAUAUUUUAAAGAAUAUGAAAUUGAUGAAAAUAAGGAACAACAUAUGUAUGUAUGGUUAGCAUUUGCAAAUGAAGGGUAUUCCUUAUCAAAACAUCUUUUCGAUACCGAUACGAAUAACUCAGGAAUGCUUACACCUAGUAAAUUAUGGUGGAGUAUAAAAAAACAAAAUAUAGGAAUGUUAGUGUUAAAAGAUUUAUUACGUCAAAUAUUAAACGGAAUUAAUAUUGCACAUAAAAAAGACAUUACGCAUAGAGAUAUUAAAAUGGAAAAUAUAUUUGUGUCCUCAAGCACACCAUUCACUGUUCGAAUUGGUGAUUGGGGUAGUGCUAUUGAAUUUUCAAAUGAUAAAUUUUUUUAUACACCAUCCGAGAAUGAAGAAACAGAGGGUUAUCAACCCCCGGAAUCUUUAUUUGGUCACAUGAAAAAUAAUUUUAUGCGUUUACCAUAUUAUGACAUGUGGGGUAUUGGCAUUGUAUUUUUGCAAUUUGUCUUAGGUACUAAAAAUCCUUUAGAAGUCAAAAAUAAAAGAAUUGAAAUGAAACUUAAAAAUUUGUAUUCAAAAUAUUCUACAAACAUUUUAAAAGAAGCUAUAUUUUUGCAAAGCUUAUCUGAAUUAUGCUUAACUCCAUGGUCGAAUUCAUCGGACCAUUUAAUAUUACUUCAUAAUAAGCCAUCUUAUUCGUCUAUAUAUAAUAAUAAUAGCAUUAUUAACAAAUUGAAAUAUUACAUUAAUAAUAACCUGAUUAAAAUAAAAAAGCAUACCUCCAAUAUUAUUUAUAAUAUCAUUUCGAAUAAAUAUAAUUCUUUAAUAUCUAUACCUACUUCUCCUCUAUGCUCAGACUGGAAAUGUGUGCAUAAGUAUAAAGCACAAUUUCCUUCGAACGAAAAAUAUUUCCCCGUUGACGUUGUAUACGGAAACGUUACUAAACCGCUUAAUAAACAUGGAAAAGACUUUUUUUACAACAACAGUAACAACAGUAAUGCUUGUAAUGAUGAACAAUUCGAGAAAAUUUUGAUGGAAAGGGACCCAUCGGGAGUUGGACUCCCAAAUAAAAACGCGAGAAAUUUGUUGAAGAGUUUACUAAACUUUGAUUAUUCUACUCGUAUAACUGCUGAACAGGCUCUCAACCACGCAUGGUUCACGGAAAAUUAA